GGCGCGCGCGGCCGCGGUGGCUGCAGUCCCGCCCGGUUCGCCGCGGCUCUCUGUCGCCCCCGCUUCCUCCCGGCUCUGCCGGCAUGGGUCCCUGGCCCGGCUCGCGGCUCGCCGCGCUCUUGCUGCUCGUCUGUGGCGCUGGCUCCGUGCUCGGGGACACGCCUGCCAACUGCACCUACCCCGACCUGCUGGGCACCUGGGUCUUCCAGGUGGGCCCCAGCGGCUCCCAGCGCGAUGUCAACUGCUCGGUGAUGGGACCCCCAGAAAAAAAAGUGGUUGUGCACCUCAAGAAGUUGGAUACAGCAUAUGAUGACUUGGGCAAUUCCGGCCAUUUCACCAUCAUUUACAAUCAAGGCUUUGAGAUUGUGUUGAAUGACUACAAAUGGUUCGCCUUUUUUAAGGAUGUCACUGAUCUUAUCAGUCAGUUUUUCAUGCAACUGGGAACUGUGGGGAUGUAUGAUAUUCCACAUCUGAGGAACAAACUGGUUAUUAAAUAGAGCGUCUGUUGAGCGGCUCUUUUAAAACCACAGCCGAAAACAGACUUUGGGGCUAAGAGGCGCAGUGGACCUGCCUCCCUCUAACAGCUAGCAGAGGCCUCUAGCAGCUGCAGUCCCUCUGGAGUCUCUAAGGGCACCUAACACGCAGAGGAGUCCUGGUACCUACCUCCGAGGCAGCUGCCCUCCGAACGUUUCCUUGGAAAGCAGCCACCGCCAUUUUGGACUGUGAGCAACCAAAGACCAAGCAGGAAAAAGGAGAAAGUUCUGCAAGUCUUAGGUGGCUUUAUCCUUCGGCCUUUGAAUGAAAGGAAUGAUAUGCAACACAAGGGUUUUUUGUUGUUUUUGUAUUUUUUUUCUCUCUUGAAUGUUCUUUUGUUGAAGAGCUUUUUUUUCAAACUGCUUAGGACUUGAAUUAUUUGUUGUAUUUUGUGCAGAUUUUACUCACAGUUAAAAUGGUCUUCCCACGUGCCUUCUCUUUCUCUAAUGACCUUGAGGAACUCCAACACGUGUUAUAAGAAGAAAAUCAAGCUUCAGAAUAUCUUGAGAUGCACAGAUGCAUUAUGGGAGGGAAGAUGGUCCCAGGGAAGACAUGUUUUGGCGGAGGGGGCUUUCUGAGAUAAGCUGAACUGCUGAAGGGUCCCUUUUUGCAGAUCAUGGAUCUGCAGUGCCCCUGUCCAGAAAGAUGGUAUGAUUAAUACAUUUGGGGUAGGGGGGGCUGUAUUUUUUUACUUAGAUGCCAGUCUUGUGCUAAGAGCUUAACAUGGUUUACCUUACAAAUGUCCUGUGAAGUAGAUAUUACUAGCUUCAGUUUUCAGGUAGGGAGAAUUACUCUCAUACAGUGCUUAAGCUCACACAGCUUCUAUUUUUUUUUUUUUAAUUUUGUUAUUUUUUUAAAUUUCUUUGGCCAUGCUUGUGGCAUCUUAGUUUCCCCACCAGGAAUCAUACCCACACUCCCUGUACUGAAGUGUGGAGUCUGCAUCACUGGACCACCAGGGAAGUCCCACCCAGCUUCUAAUUGUAAAGUGAUAUGGGCUAUUUGUCAAGUUUGUUUCAGAAAAAAAUACUGGUACUUCAAGUCACAUUUGGGCAGAUUUUCUGGUGAAUCCCAAAUGUUAGCUCAAUGCACCGCAUUGCUCUUGUUAAAAUUUUAGGAGAAGAACUGGCCUGAAGCUUAGAUUUCCUUACCAAAUCAGGCUACUCAUUUUCUUUCCUAAGCCUAGGUCCCUUUAUUCAAGACAAAAUUUACUUUCUUCUUCCUUUUAUAGUUCUCCAAAUUGAAGGAGAGUUUUAUAAGUUCUGAAUUAAGUACCCUUGCCAAGCUAACUUCUCUUAAUUAAGUUGUUGUUCAAAGCCAUUGCUGCCUUUUAGUUCUUUCCUGCUACACAAUGGACUGGUUUCCUCCUCAGUUGUGUAGAGCUGAUUAAACAUCAGCCUUAGCAAACCAGAAACAUGGUUUCAAUUCCGAUUUCCUGGGAGGACUUUUCUGCAUCCCUUGAAUUACUCCUUGAGUGGAGAAAUCUUUCUCUAGAUGGUAGGUUGUCAUCAUUACUUUAUUGGUUCAGAUAAUUAUGUCAUUUGAGAGGCACUAAUCUGCUGUUCUGGAAAGGUUGUAUCUUAUAAACACUAAGGAACAGUACAUCCAACUCCUACCUGGAUACUUUCUUCCAUCCUGAUAAUUCUGUAUCACUCAGGUUCUUGGUGCCACAUCUGUGCAGUUCCCCAGCUCUCUCCAUUACUGGGAGGGAUGCCAUUAUGUUGGUUCCAGUUGUACUUGACAGGCAUCUCUGACCUGGUAGUACUCAUUCUGCUGUAAAAGGAAUGACUUGAGCAUGUCAUCUACUUCUAGACUGAAAGCCUGUAUAUCUUCAGAUUCUAAUGCAUGUAGAACUUUAUCUGGGAACUUUGGAAGAUUAUCCACAUUUCUCUAGUCUUUUCAGAGACUUCAGAAGUAAUACCAGCUUUCAAAAAACUAAUUCUGUAGGGUUCUAGAAGCACAAAUCAGGAAUGGUGCUGGUGCUAUGUUUAUAUUUUUGGUGUUCUGUUCUAAAAAAUAUGUUACAUGCCUCCAGUGUUCUGUAAGAGUUGUAUAUUUUCAAACUGACUGGAUGUAAAUACUGACAAAGCAACAAAUGUGUAUAUAUUUAGCAAGGCAUUUAAAAUCACCCCUACCAAAGUGGUUUUUUUCCCAAAGUGGUUUCUUUGAGUAACUUUGCAUUUAAUGUUUGUUUUGAUUAUAGAAGACUUGGGUACAAAAUUGCAGGUAUCUGUGUUAGAAGUACCCAUAAUAGAUGACUGCUUAGCAUUCUCUGUUGUAAUUGCCUGUUUGUCCUUUCCUCUGAUUUUUAAACCCCUUGAGGGCAGUGAUCAACUCUGUGUUACUGACCUUUUUAUUCCGUAUGUAUAGCACACUAUGUGAUAAAUAAUAGACCUUCAAUAAAUAUUUGUAAAAAAAAAAGAAAAUUGAAUAAUA